AUGAAGAAGUUAUCAUUAAACCCAACUGAAAAGACCGAGACGCAUGCUAAGUCGUCUGGUGACAAGAAGAGGAAGCAUUCAAAUCUGAACCAAGCAACCCGCAGCAACAACAAGGGUUUGAAUAACAAGAAGCGUGACACUAACCCACCUAGGGAGGCAAAAACCUUCGCAGCUGCAAAUGAGUCUGGAGCUAAGAAAUAUCAGGGCACUCUGCCCAAGUGUAACCGUUGUGGCUUUCACCAUGUGGGAAACUGUCGCGUUGGGAAGUGCGAGAACUGCGGAAAGUCAGGCCACCGUACCGAAGAUUGUUGGGGUAAAGGUAUUGGAGGCCGCAAUGGUAAUGGUAAUAGGAACGGGAAUGGAAACCGUAACGGUGCUGGUAAUGGGAACGAUGGUGGAAAUGGAAAUGGCAAUGAUAACCGGGUUGGGAAUGAAGCUGGGCGAAACCAAGGAUGCUUCAGCUAUGGAAGCAAUGAGCAUUUCAUGAAAGACUGCCCAAAGAGAAACACUGCUUAG